CUUCCUCCAGAACCACCAGCACUUCAUUCAGAACUACCAACACUUCCUCCAGAACCACCAGCACUUCAUUCAGAACCACCAUCUCUUCCUCCAGAACCACCAUCUCUUCCUCCAGAACUAUCAGCACUUCAUUCAGAACCACCAUCUCUUCCUCCAGAACUAUCAGCACUUCAUUCAGAACCACCAGCUCUUCCUCCAGAACUAUCAGCACUUCAUUCAGAACCACCAGCUCUUCCUCCAGAACUAUCAGCACUUCAUUCAGAACCACCAGCUCUUCCUCCCGAACCACCAGCACUUCAUUCAGAACCACCAACACUUCCUCCAGAACCACCAGCACUUCAUUCAGAACCACCAGCUCUUCCUCCAGAACCACCAGCACUUCAUUAAUAACCACCAUCUCUUCCUCCAGAACCACCAGCACUUCAUUCAGAAUCACCAUCUCUUCCUCCAGAACCACCAGCACUUCAGUCAGAACCACCACCUCUUCCUCCAGAACCACCAGCACUUCAUUCAGAACCACCAGCUCUUCCUCCAGAACCACCACACUUCAUUCAGAACCACCAGCUCUUCCUCCAGAACCACCAGCACUUUAGUCAGAACCACCAGCUCUUCCUCCAGAACCACCAGCACUUCAUUCAGAACCACCAGCUCUUCCUCCAGAACCACCAGCACUUCAUUCAGAACCACCAGCUCUUCCUCCAGAACCACCAGCACUUCAUUCAGAACCACCAGCUCUUCCUCCAGAACCACCAGCACUUCAGUCAGAACCAUCAGGAUCAUUAG